AUGGACGCGGCAGUCCAAACUCGUCUACAGACUGCAUUGCGUGAAGUCGACAAGGGCCUGAGCAUUCUCCAGCAACGCUCUGGCAAAUCGGGGCUAGACAGCACACCUGCAUUGGAUAUUCUCCGCAAAGACUAUUUGGGAAUCAUCUCACUCAUCUACUCGUACACGACCCGCCUCUGGAUCGCACUCGGAAAGCAGCCUCCAACUCCCUCUGCAGCUGGCCCGACGCUCGAGGAGCUCACAAAGCAUACGUCAUCCCUCUAUGGGUGUGUUCUCGCCUUCGGUGCCACACAUGGAAAGGCCUUUUCAGACGAAGUUGAGCAGGGGGCGCUCGGAAUUCUCCAGUCCAUGUCUGCCCUCUUCAGGGAGUAUUCAUCGGCUAAGAAUGGUGGCGAGAGCAUGCAGAUGACGGCGUCUGUCCACGAGGCCUGCGAUAAAGCGAGAAACUUGUCCAUAGAUUCCCGCGAAGCCGUACUAAAGCGCUGGAAGGUGGACAGCGAGUCUCUGAAAGAUGCCAUCAAAGAGGUGUACAAUUUACUCGAUCAAGAUAAUGAAGAGGAUGCCGAGGACGGCUGGGACGAGUUAGUGGACGCGGAUGACAUGGUCGACCAAUCGCUGUCAGAACAGGACCGCAUGGUUGUCAAAAAGGUGGCGACUGUCUUGGAGAAAUUGUCCGCGUUCAGAAAGCAUUUCCAAAAGACGUUACUUGCCGGGAAUUCCCCGCUACGGUUAACUCCCAGCACGUAUGACCAAUACUUGGAGGCUACGCAAGUUGAGAUACCACUGAUCGAUGAGAUUGUGGGCUGUCUGGAUCCACCUAUGGAGGUGGAGGCUCUAAAGACUCAUUUGAUGGAGCUUUCAAAAUCACUAGAAGCGCUUCUCCGAACGCUGGAGACGGAUCCCGACACGAUGACGAGAACUAUGGAAUCGAUAAAGUUGGAUGCCGACCCAGAAGGCGACCCAAUCGGCUCUCGCCCUAGAGCGGAUAUUUCGAACUUGGAGGCAAAGAUUCGCGAUGUCGUUCUCACAAUUCAGUCGAUAUAG